UUUUAUGUUAUUUCUUUAUUUUAAUUGAAAAUCUUGAAAAUUAAAAUGUUUUAUUUGAGUGUAAUAUGCCUAUUUUGUACACAUUUUGUUCAUGGUUUUCUGUACGCAUGGGAUCGGUCAUCGUUGGAAGCCUUUCUCUCAUACAAGGCGUCGUUCUUCUCUUACUCGGCAUUGUCGGAUACCAAAAUCACGAAUUGAUAUCAUUCAUUUUUGAAACUAUAGUCGAAGAAAAUGACAUGCUAUUUGCAGAAUCUUAUUUCAUUUACUUACACGAAAAAACAGAACAAAUACUUCUGGUAUUUUCAAUCUCUCAAGCUGUGUACGUUGUAUCCUGCAUUCUGUUAAUAAUUGGAUCUUACAAGUUGAAUAUUCAAGAAAUUAUACCUUUCACUGUAUUGGAAUUCAUCAGAUUAAUACUUUUAACUUUACUCAGCGUAACAGUAAUGUUGCUUAUUAAGAAAAAUGUUUUGGACUUCAAUGUUCUCAUCGCAUGCAUAGUGAUCAGUGGAUUUAUACUGCUAUUUUUGUACUACCUAUGGCUCUGUCCGGUGAGUUUGAUUCAAUGCAUUCUACGAAUUAACACGAAGAAAAAGGAAGUUCCCAAGAUGAUUUUCAACAAAGAUCAUUUGUCGCUAUACUACGAUUAUCUAUCCGAUUUCAAGUUCAAACCUGUGAUGCCGAAUCGAGAUUACUAUCAAUAUCAAUAUGGAAAUUUACCAAAAUUACACGUUUAAAAUAUGUAUUCAGUUUAAUAACAAAAAUUUCACAACUUAAUAUAUUCAACUUAACAAUGCAGCUCCAACUCGUUUUGCUUUUAAUAAAGCUUUUUUUUCUUGCAAUUCUUUUCUCUCAUUUAAUCUGCGUUUAUAUUUUAAUAAUUUUAUUUCUUUUUGUCGAACGAUUCGAGAUUGCUUCAUACUUUUAUACAAAUUUCUGUAUUUCUUUCUGAUCAUCUUCUCUUUCAAUAAUAACAUUUGCUUGAUAUCUUUACGUUCCUUA